GAAAGUGGAAAUUUUUCGCAAAUCGAAGGACUUUUGGUAAUUGAAGUGGAAAGGGAAGCUUCGCUGUCCACCUUAUUUAAGGACCUGGUGCAUGCUUCGUCAGUCAGUUCACUCUUCGUUUUCAAGUUCAUUCUUCAAUUCAAAGUUUGAGAAGAUGGAAGGAAUCAACGACAGCAUGAAGGCAGCUUUUGAGAAGGUCAACGGCUAUAGAACAAUUGUCCAUCUCUUUAAUGUGGCGUGGCAGUUGAUGUCCUGGACAUCGAAUGGAAUGAAUGAUGAUUCCAUUUUGAGAAAGUCUCUACCAGCCGAGUUAACUGCUGCGAUGAAGCAGCUGAAUGAGGGUGCGCUCACCUCACCAGAGUCGCAACAACAGCAGCAACUUCCGUCGAUUGGUAUGAUGCAGCAGAUGUUUAAAAGUAUAUCAUCCUUAUCAGAGAUGCACCAUCAGCAGCAGCUUCCACAGGAGAAAAACUCGCAGCAACAAGCAGCAGUCGCAGCAGAAGUCGUAUCCGCAGCCAAAGCCGCAGCAAAAGCCACAACCGCAGCCAAAGUCACAAUCGCAGCCAAAACCGCAGCCAUAGCCAAAGCCAAAGCGUAAGCCAGGACCACAGCAGAAGCC